AAACUCGUCAAAACGUUUGGACAAAAGUGAAUAGAAUCAUGAUAGAAUCUUCUGUGCACUGCAAACUACAAUAUUUGAAAUGAAUGUUUGGAUUACCGCUUACUUGGAAGUGUUCAUUGACUUGGCAGUUUGUACAGCCAAUCAAAUGGACAGAGUUGGUUCAACUGCAAGUCAAAGAUGUCUGCCUUUGCCACCUGUUGAGCAUGGUACUUACGUCUGUAGUGAUGUGAAUUUCAAACACCAAUGUCAACUCAAAUGUUUGCCUAAUUACAUGAUUCCUAUAACGCAAAAUGAGCAAAAAGGAGCUUCGCGGGCCAGAAUGAAACUCAGUGAUAGAGGAAAGUAUACGUGUGAAGAUCAGGCAGGAGGCAAAGUCUGGAAUCCACUUUUACUGUUUGAUUGCGUAGAAGCCAAAUACCCAACAGAUGUAACACUGUACUACGCAAUGACAAUAACUGAGCCGAAAAGACAUUGCGAGGAGUUCGCACACGAUGUUAACAACAGCCUCAGCAAAAUCAACGAUAACGUGACUUCCUUUGCAGCCUGUGCAGCAGUGAAGUGUCGGACAUCAUUCGAGUUGAUGUGUGAUGGGAAAUACAAGUUACUUUUUGACUUUGAAUUAAUGAUGGACCUAAAUGAAGAUUUAGAAUACUCAGACAUCAAUAAGUAUACUUAUAAGGUUCUACAGCAAAGUCUGUCAACACAUUUUUCAAUCAAUAUUCAUAACAACACGGUGGUCAACUGUCCUGAAGGGACUUUAAUACAAAAGGAUCUAACAUGUCGGGGCUGCUCCAAAGGCUAUUUCCUAGACGGACUAGAUAUGUUUUGUAAAGAAUGUCCACCAGGCUUUUACCAGGACGAAGACCUACAGCACUACUGCAAACCAUGUCCACCUGGCGCCCCUAAAGACUUGACAGGUCUCAAGAGUAUAGCCGAAUGUUUCCAUGUUGAUUCUUUCGUGACCAGAACUAGUUUGUUGACUAUACUUGCUGUCAUCUUCUCCAUCGUUCUGGUGGCUGCCGUUCUGCUAGUCUAUCGAAGUCAAGUUCUUCUAGAACCGGAUGGAAAGACCAGAGAAUACUACCCUGAACCAAUUCGACAGAAAAUGGAGACCUAUCUUGGUCGAGAAACAGUCAUACCAGAAGUUGGAACCGAGGCUCGUAAAAUCUCCGUGAUGUCAACAGGAGGCGGAGACCAUAAGGACUCCUCGGUGAAAGAAGAUGGGACUCCAUCAACGGUUUCAGAUAGUGUUCAACACAAGUAUCAAACUGAAGAUCGUGGUCGGAACGCUCGAAUGUCUGUUGCAGGUUUGGCGGCUGCCCGCUUGUCCGGUACAUAUGAUCCGAGGUCCAGAAAAAGCAUAAAAGGGAAAGACAAGCUAAAACACCAAGAACAGAGAAAGCAUUCGGAAGUGCCACCUGGCAAGUAUCGCGCUUCCGUUAAUAGCAAGGGAAGAUACAGCAUCGAUGAUAAACACGGCCAGAGAUCCAGCUCCUUUGACAGGGACAGUAAUCUUUCCCUAGUUCAGCGCAAAUCUAUUAAUAGUUAUCGGGUGACUGGUCCUAAAGAUUAAAUAGCUGUAUUCUUUGUCUUUUGUUUUUGACAA